AUGCUCAAUCAUCAGUAUGAUCAUCAACAUCCAUCAUAUGGAUAUAAUAACUAUAAACUUAAUAAAAAUAAUAUUAACAUUGAUUUAACUAAUCAUCGAAAUUAUGAUAAAAAAUAUAUUCCACCAAAUCAUUAUCAUUCGUACAAUGAUACAUGUAAUUAUGAACAUCCACUUUUAAUGUCUACUAUCUCACUUCCACUUGGACGAGAACUUAUUCCGUAUAUUACACAUGUAUCUGUACCAAGUAAUAAUAAUAAUAAUAAUAAUAAUAGUCAUUAUACCAGUAUGUCAGAGAAAGAUGAUAUUGUUCCACCUAAACCACCGACAUCAAAUUUAAUGAUUAAUCGUUUAACAUCGACAAUUGAUGAAUCAUUAACAAGUAUAAAAUAUCUCGUUGAUGAUAUUGAACUACAACGACAAAAUUCUCAUAAACAAUCUGAAAAUGUCUAUAAUACUCUACGAAAUUUAAUUGAUAAGAGACAGAAACAAUAUGAAGCAAAUAUUAAUGAAUGUUUUAGGAAACAUUAUGAAAAUAUUUUAAAAUUAAAAACCUAUUUAAAACAAUUAAAAUCUAAAUUAUUAAAUUUAUCCUAUGAAUUUGAUAUAAGCGAUUAUAAGUACUUUGAACAAUUGACUAAAACGACGAUUGAAAAAACAUUAAGCAAACCAAAUAUUCAUAAUGAAUUGAAUGAACCCGAAAAAUUUCUAGAUUUAACAUGGAAAUUUCAUAUCGGCGAAUAUGAUGAACAAGAAGUAUCAAAACAAAAUACCUUCAUUGAAGAGAAUGUUAUCUUGACUAAUAAAAACAGUAGUCAUCAUCAACAUAUGUUAAAUAAUGUUAAAGAAGAAAAAGAUAAAUAUGAAAGUCAAACAUUUUUACCGUUAAGUACAACAAGAUUCAUUGAAACAUCAACUGAUCCUGAUAGAGAUGAUCUUGAAUAUGACAAUGUUUGUACCACUGAAGUAAAUGAUAAUCCAUCGAAUUAUUCACCUCAAUAUUGUUUUUCGCAUCAAAAUACUAUUCGUCACUUAAAUUCUCCAUACUGUGAUGAUAUUUUCGCUCUACCGUAUCAAAUAAAUCAUUGGUCAUGUGAAUUAAUGUGUGGUAAUUAUUUUAUCUCGUUAAUAACUCUAUGUAAAACGAAUUCAAUUUUACUCUAUUGUCUUGAUAAAGAACAAUUUAUUUGUUAUGAUAUGUCAUCUAUUGGUCAAACGGUUUCAAUCGAAUGGCGUGGUACACGUCCAUAUUCAAUUUAUUGGUACGAUGAAUUAAAAAUGUUAUUUGUUGCCUGUCAAACUCAUAUAUACGGUUGUUAUCUUAAUUUAUUUGGUGACAAAUAUUAUCGUGAUCGAAUAUUAUGUCGUAUACCGAUCGAUAAUGGUUAUUCACAUUUUGAUUCCAGAGGUGAACAAUGUUAUCCGAGAUAUCUAACAUCAUUGUCUAAUUCACGUUUAUUGUAUGCAUAUUGGAAAACGAAAUACGAAACAGUUUUAGUUUAUUAUCGAACUGAAGAUUGGACAAUUAUUUGUCAUUACUUUAUCGAUGGAAGAUGUCGAGCAUUGUGUUCAACAAGUAAUGAUAAAUUAGGUUUACUUAUUGAACGUGAUAAUGAAUAUGCAUUGGAAGUUCGAACUCAAGAAUUUCAAUUGUUAUCAAAAAUUGAAUUAAACAAUGGUUUUUAUCGUUUUUCUAAAGGAUGUGGUUUAACGACAUCACAUAAUUCGAGUUUUUUAUUAGCCGAUUGGAAAUUACAACAAUUAUGGAAAGUAAAUUUAGAUGGUACAAUUCAAAUUAAACAAUAUGAUGAACCUAUUUAUAAUGCUAUAUGGUUAGAAUCAGAAUUAGUACUUGUUCUACUUUUAGGAAAUCCAAUGAGAUUUGAAUAUUAUAAAAUUGAUGUAACAAACAUGAAAGAUAGAAAAAACAUUUAUGAACAAGCAAUUGAACAGUUAUUUUCAAAUAUAUUUCCAGAUGAAGAAUCAUUUGAAGUUUAG